ACUUGAUAUCCGAUGAUAUCAUGUGCGAUAUCACUUGAUAUCCCAUACAAUUUGAUGUCAACGCGUACCACCAUUUUGGCAUGAUAUACGGGAUAUCAUGUACGAUAUCAUAUCGAGUUGUCAAAAAUCGCAACUAGCAACACGGAUAAUGGCAUUGAACGCACUCAUUUAUGAACGUCACUUUGAGAGUGACAAUAAACAAUCAUUAUAAUUUCGAAUUUUUCAACGAAUAUUGGCGUUCGGAGACCAUUGAAUGCAAGACUUCAAUUAUUAAUUGAAUUGUAGGAGAGAAAAGCAAUAUUAUUGAUCUUACUCCUAAUGGGAACAUUCAAUAUGACAACUUGAUUGUCAAACGAUAUCAUUUCGAUCAUAUGUGAACACUACCACGUGAUAUGCGUAUCAUCUCGGUAUAUCAAGUGAUAUAAGCGCUAAUGUGAACAUGGUAUUAGUCUGUGUUGAAAUGACAUUAAUAAUUCUCGUGUAAGAUAAUUUUUUGAAAAAUGACCUGGCAACUCUAGUUGUCUGUUCAUUCGAUUCUUCGAUUGGUAACAAUCAACAACUGUUAGCUAGAUUACUUUUUAUUAGUGCAUUCAAAAAAUUUCCAUAGUCCAUCCUGAAAACCACAUCUGGAAUGUCGAAGGAAAAUGAAGCCAUCAAAGUGGACAAGGAGUUAGAUUUAUCAAACGCAGGUCGCGGUGUUUGGUUGGUUAAGGUGCCUAAGUACAUGGCCAAUAAAUGGGAAAAAGCACCCGGCAAUAUAGAAGUUGGCAAAUUAAAGAUCUCCAAGCAAGUUGGACAAAAAGCGCAAGUUUCGCUAACACUCUCAGAUGCAGUCAUUAAUAUUGAUCCGACCGAUGAAAUACCACGAGAUCAUAGGCUGGAUGUUUCGGUAGUAACUAAGCAAACCCUGGGAGUGUUCUCUCACAGUGUCCCAACGGUAGUCAGUACAAAUCGAGAAGAUGUCAUUGCGGAGCCGGAGAAAUUGUUUAUGGAAGGAAGAAUCGUGCAAAAGUUAGAGUGUCGUCCGUAUGCGGAUAAUUGCUACAUGAAGAUGAAACUGGAAUCAAUACGUAAAGCUUCCCAACCAGCCAGGCAGGUGAAAUCGCUGGAAAAAAUUGUUCACAACUUCAAACCUGUGUCCGAUCAUAAGCACAACAUUGAAGAUAAAGAACGGAAAAAAGCCGAGGGCAAGAAAUCGCGAGAUGACAAGAAUGCAGUUCUCGAUAUGUUGUUCAAUGCUUUCGAGAAGCAUCAAUAUUACAAUAUAAAAGAUCUGGUUAAGAUUACCAGACAGCCAAUAAGUUAUCUAAAGGAAAUUCUGAAGGAAGUCUGUGAUUAUAAUAUGAAAAAUCCGCACAAAAAUAUGUGGGAGCUUAAGAAGGAAUAUCGCCAUUACAAAGACGACGACAAAAAGGAGGAAGGCAACGAUGUAUCGGAAAGUGAUAGUGAUUGAGUAAUCGACUGAAGUGAGCUUUUAAUGUACCAAUAGAAUUCUAAACUCUAUUGCAACAUAAACUGUUUUCACAAUUUUAAACUA